AUGUUGGUGAUUGAGCAUAUCGCGAAGCUUUUCCUCCUCCUCGUGGCGCUCUUUGCGGUGCAUGCGUCUGCUGCGCCGCGAGCCAAUGUGUCUCCUGCAUUGGAUAACCGCAACCUAGUGACGAACGCCGCACGGCUGCGCGCAGGAUUGGGCCCUUUGAAGCCUAGGUCGCUUUACUCCCCCUCCCGUGUCGGUGCCCGUUCGCCCACAAAAUCAGUCGUACCGGUUGGAGGAACUAUCAAAGUAGUCAGAAAAUCGAACAGAGCCGAAGUCGGAUACGUUUCCAAGAACGCCGGUUCAACUGGCUUUGGAAUCAACACGUCGCCCUCCGAUAAAUUGAGUGUUACGUUCACACCGACCAAUCCUGGAUCAACGUCUCAAAAUGUUGGGAACUCUGCCUCUGGACAAUCCCAAUCUGCCAUCUGGUCGUAUAACUCGCAAACAAAGGCUUUGACUGCACAAUGGGUCAACCUUCUCGGAAGUAAGUGA